AUGUGGGGUUUAAGGCUCCGACUCCUGCCAAAACAGUGGACACCAGCUCGAACUCGAGCUCUUUCGAGCUUCAGAAGUCAUGGAUCUCCGCGUGGUCCUCGCAAUAGCAUAAGAAGACCGAAUCUCAUACAGACUUCGAGGAAAGCCGAACCCUCACAUAAGCAUGAACCUGCUACUUCUGAGUCCCAAAGUGACACAAGUCCCAAUUAUGACCCAUCGCAAAACACUCUACUUUCUCCCGUUUACGUGCCUGAAGAUCCCACGGGUGUACUUAAAGAAAACCACCCGGCAGUUUCCAUACUGGCGAACUCAGGAAUAGUCGUACAACGAGAAUUAGAGAUGAUGAAUGUUCUGAUUGGAUUUGAACAAGCGAAUAAAUAUGUCAUCAUGGAUGCGCAGGGAAAUCACAUUGGAUAUAUGGCAGAACAGGACAAGGGAUUGGUAAAUACACUGGCACGGCAAUGGUUCCGCACCCAUCGAAGUUUUGUGACACAUGUAUUUGACCGACAACAAAAUGAAGUUCUUCGAUUCAAUCGCCCGUUCUCUUGGAUCAACUCCUAUAUUCAUGUCUAUAACCCUCUUGAUCAAACGCCAAAUGCUUACUCGGAGUCCACCUCUCUUCAAGGCACAGCACCCGGUGCUCUCAUUCAACCUGGCAACUUAUCGAGUGCAAGGAUAUCCCCACUUGAUCUCGGUCAAAUGCGAGUUAUCGGCGAAGCCCAGCAGCAGUGGGCACCUUUACGGCGAAAGUACAAUCUUUUCACUCAUCAGCAGUCCCCAAACUCGGAAACAGACAUGGGAACCCGUAAUUUCUCGCUAUCUGAUUCUGGCUUAUCACGAGCACAGCAGAUGCAACUGAUGCAAACACCCGACCAACAGCAGGGUCAAUUCAACCAAUUUGCCUACGUUGAUGAGCCCUUUCUAUCAUGGGAUUUCUCCCUCAAAUCAGCAGAGGAUCAGUUAAUUGGAUCUGUCAAUCGGAAUUUUGCGGGCUUUGCUCGCGAAAUCUUUACAGAUACCGGUGUCUACGCAAUGCGAAUGGAUUCCGCAGCCCUCGGCACAGAAACCUCCCACAGCAAAAAAGCUUUGGGCAUGACCCUCGAUCAACGUGCUGUUAUGUUAGCUACAGCUGUAAGCAUUGAUUUCGAUUACUUCAGCCGCCACCAACGUGGCCUUGGUAUAUUUGACUUCCCGCCGUAUGGGUUCAAUAUGGGCGGCCAGGCUCCCGCUGAAGGUGCAGCUGCAGAAGGCGCUGCUGCCGGUGAAGCAGGGGCCGUUGGUGGAGUCGCCCCAGGGACUCUUGAGCGAGCCAGAACCGCCGGUGAUGUGCCGAAUGGUAUGGUUUCAGGUGCUACCACCGCAGGUGCAAUGGCUGGGUAUGAAGCGAUGCAGAGGGCCAACACAAGCGAUCCAAAUGCCUCAGCAUCAGAGCCGGUGGACCCGGCCUCACAAGGCUUCGAGGAUCAACCUCAAGAUCCUUGGGGUAAGGAUAGUCCUUGGGGUGAGGAUGAUACUUGGGGUGAUGAUGGUUUCUGGGGUGAUGAUGGUUCUUGGGGUGACGGAGGAGGUGAAUGA